AUGGCACCCGUACAACCGCCCAGCCGAAAUAGCGGCACAUUGGCGCACCACGACGGCAACGGCGACGGCGACCACGACCACGGUGCCUCUCAUGCUACACCCGUCGUGGCACACGAGCGCGGCAACGAUAGCUAUUCGACGAAUCUGACCAGACAGGCGGCCCCGAGGAGAGCGAAUUCCGACCCCUCGAACCCCAGCGGUGUUGUGCGAGCUGUGUCUUUUUCGGGACCGGCGUCGAAUAACCGGCCAUUGGUGGACUCGACGAGUCGGAAUGAUCAGCAUGUACUACUUACCAUUCCCUCAAGAGAUGCCGUGACCGAGAUGGGGUCGUCCUUUGGCGACACUCGUGAUCGCACAGACAAGACUGCCCAUGUCUCAAUUACAAGCCCUGCCAAUGACAAGGCUACCCAGACCUUGAGAGACUCCAUCCGGCGAUUCAGGCCAGGCAAGAACAGGAAGGACAAGGCGAACAAGGCAUUGCGAAACGCCUCAUGGAAGGAUGCCUUCAAGGUCUCCCUCGCUAGUACAUAUCAGAAACUGAUCAUGGAGGGCGUAUUACGGAGGAAGCCGUUGCGCCCGAGCAACGAUGGCCGUCAUAUUCCCCUGAAUCCGUCAGAUGCGCUGAUUGACGAGCGAAGCCAGCGUCCGUACGUCAGCAACUUCAUUCGAUCUAGUCGGUAUACCGCGUACGAUUUUGUGCCUAAGCAGCUGCUGUUCCAGUUCAGCAAAUUGGGUAAUUUUUAUUUUUUGGUCAUGGGUGUCUUGCAGAUGGUUCCUGGCUUGAGCACCGUGGGACGGUGGACGACGAUAGUACCCUUGUCAAUCUUUGUCGCUUUUAGCAUGCUCAAGGAGGGAUAUGAUGAUUAUAGAAGGUAUCAGCUGGACAAGUCGGAGAAUCGCAGCGAAACUUGGGUUUUGAACCGCGGACAAGGAGGUAGUACCACGGAGAAGGAUGCGACGCAAACCGAGGUACGCGCCGCAACUGGUGAUGCCGACCUCGAGAGCGGCGUGCGUGACAUGAGCCCUCGAGACUGGUUGUGCAUGCAGUGGCAACAUGUCAAGGUUGGUGAUGUGGUGAGAUUGAGACGAAAUGAUGGCGUGCCUGCGGAUAUGAUUUUGCUGCAUGCCACGGGGCCUAAUGGCGUUGCAUACAUUGAGACAAUGGCUCUAGAUGGCGAGACGAAUCUCAAGAGUAAGCAGGCCUGUCCUCUGCUGGCAGAGCGGUGCAGCACGCUGGACGGGAUCAGGUCGACCACGGCUUCAAUUGUUUCGGAAGACCCCAACAUUGACUUGUACAGCUAUGAUGGUCGAGCUACAGUCGGAGACGAAACACUGCCGCUGUCGUUGAACAACGUCGUCUACCGCGGAUCGAUUCUUCGCAACACUGCCGAAGUGAUUGGCAUCGUGGUUAAUUCGGGAGAGGAGUGCAAGAUUCGCAUGAAUGCCAAUAAGAAUGUCACUGCCAAGAAGCCCGCCAUGCAGACCAUGAUCAACAAAAUGGUACUCUUCCAGAUUGUCAUUGUACUCAUGCUUGCUGCGGGACUAACCAUUGGCUACUCGCUGUGGAAGAAGAAUAUCCAGGACCUAUCGUUCUACCUAGUUACCACAGGCCAGUGGACUGCCAGCGUCCCCUUUAAGGAAAUCUUUUUCGGCUACCUCAUCAUGUUCAACACACUCAUCCCGCUGUCUUUAUACAUCAGCAUGGAAAUCAUCAAGAUCGGCCAGCUUAUCCUGCUGCAGGACGUCGACAUGUACGAUCCCGUGACGGACACUCCCAUGGUGGCCAAUACGACCACCAUUCUGGAAAAUCUGGGCCAAGUGAGCUAUGUAUUUUCGGACAAGACGGGCACAUUGACCGAAAAUGUCAUGCGGUUCCGCAAGAUGAGCGUUGCGGGUGUGGCUUUCCUUCACGACAUGGAUGUACAACGCGAUGAGGAUGUGAAGCAGAAGAAGAUUGAGGCGGCCGCGUCGUGGAGUUGUCGCAGCAAAGGCAAUCAGACGCAGCAGACUCCGCCUGUGUCGCCGCACAAGACCAAGUUCUUUCAUCGGGAUGAAGAUGAUAUUCUGGAAGAAGAAGAAGACGAGGAGGACGAUGGUAGUGGACCAGUGCCCCCCAGGAGAACUGGCUCCUUUGCAAGCGCCUCACACUGGAAAUCGACGGUUCGCCCGAAUGAGGAACCAGAGGUCAAGACGGAGGAUAUGUUGGACUAUGUCCGCCGACAUCCAAAUACCGUCUUCUCUCGCAAGGUCAAGCACUUUUUGCUCUGUAUUGCUUUAUGUCACACCUGCUUGCCCGAGAAACGGGACGACGGUGAAUUUUCGUUUCAGGCUGCUUCCCCAGAUGAGUUGGCCCUGGUAGAAGCUGCUCGCGACAUGGGGUGGCUGUUAGUUGAUCGCCCUGCGAAGACGAUCAAGUUGCAGACAAAUGAUGACAGGGGUGUGGUUCAGGUCGAGUCGUACCAGGUGCUGGACGUGAUUGAAUUCAGCAGCAAGAGGAAGAGAAUGUCCAUCAUUAUCAGAAUGCCCAACGGUCGCAUUUGCGUCUUUUGCAAAGGUGCCGAUAACGUCAUUACUUCGCGACUCAAAUUGAGCCAUUUAGCUGAACAAAAGGCAAAGGACAUUAGCCGACGGGCUAGUGUGCGCAAGACAUUCGAACAGGACAAGGCCCGAACGCGAAUGAGCAUGGCCAGUGGAAGGGGUACGCCGAGAACGAGUUUUGCCUUGAAGCGAGGUGAAUCGAUCGAUCGGUUGGAGGGACUUCGACGCAGCAUUGGUAGACUGUCGACCGAUGCCAACAGACUUUCCUACUCGGAGGGCGUUGGCUCUCGGAUGGCUAGACGACAAGCCGAGGAACCGGGAACGCCUCGAGGUUCGUUGGAUGUGUUGCGCGCCAGACGACUGAGUCUGAACCCGGUGUCGUCGGUUGAGGACGUUGACCAUCGAAUUGACGAGUCCGUCGCCAGCAACGAGGCGGCUGUUUUCGAGCAUUGCUUCCAGCAUAUCGAAGAUUUUGCGACGGAAGGUUUGCGGACAUUGCUGUACGCGUAUCGGUACAUCGAGGAGGAUGUUUACGCCUCUUGGAAGCAAUUGUACCGCGAGGCAGAGACUAGUCUUGUCAACCGUCAGGAGCUGGUUGAACAGGCUGGCGAGAUGAUUGAGCAAAAGUUUGAGCUUGCUGGCGCCACAGCCAUUGAAGACAAAUUGCAAGACGGGGUGCCCGAGACCAUUGACAAGCUGCGACGGGCCAAUAUCAAGGUCUGGAUGCUGACGGGCGACAAGCGCGAGACAGCAGUCAACAUUGGCCACUCGGCCCGCGUGUGCAAGCCGUUUUCCGAAAUCUACAUCCUCGACGGCAGCAGAGGUAACCUCCAAGACGUCAUGACUUCCACCCUCAACGACGUCUGCCGUGGCAUGGUCCCGCACUCUGUCGUCGUGGUCGACGGCCAAACCCUGGCCACCAUCGACGCAUCCGACGACCUCGCCGUCCUCUUUUACGACCUCGUCCUCCGCGUCGACUCGGUCAUCUGCUGCCGCGCCUCACCCUCCCAAAAGGCUCAACUCGUCACGUCGAUCCGCCGCUUCGUCCCAUCCUCAAUGACCCUCGCCAUCGGCGACGGUGCCAACGACAUUGGCAUGAUACAAUCCUCCCAUGUCGGCAUUGGCAUAUCGGGCCGCGAAGGCCUCCAAGCCUCACGUAUAUCCGAUUACUCCAUCGCGCAGUUUCGCUUCCUCCAGCAGCUGCUGUUCGUCCACGGCCGCUGGAACUACCUCCGCACAGGAAAAUACGUCCUCGCCACCUUUUGGAAAGAAAUCCUCUUCUUCUUGGUCCAGGCGCACUUCCAGCGGUUUAAUGGGUACUCGGGCACCUCGCUCUUUGAGUCGUGGAGUCUAACUGUAUUCAAUAGCCUGUUCACCUCACUGCCGGUAAUCUUAUUGGGCAUCUUUGAAAAGGACCUCAGCGCGGAAACGCUGCUCGCUGUGCCGGAGCUGUACACGUUUGGACAGCAGAACAGGGGGUUCAACAUUCGGCAGUACUUUGGCUGGAUGUUCAUGGGCGUCGCGGGCAGCUUUGUCAUUUACUACUUGACGCUCGGCGAGUUUUGGAGUGCACUUUUCACGGCGGACACUAGCCUGUACGCCAUGGGGGCGGUGUGCUUUACGGUUGGCGUCAUCUUCAUCAACAUUAAGCUAUUGAUCCUCGAGCUACACUCCAAAACGGUCAUCACCUUUGGUGGCUUCAUCAUCUCCAUUGCUGGCUGGUUCCUCUGGUGUCUCUUCCUGUCGGGCAUGUACCCCCAAAGGGUGGGCAAGGACAUGGUCCGCCGCGGCUUCAUCGACAACUUUGGCCGCCAGGUUUCGUGGUGGACGACGCUGCUCGUGGCGCUCGCUACGCUCGUCAUCAUGGACCUGGUGGUCCAGGGCGUGCGGAGGGUGUACUGGCCGACGGACCAGGACCUCAUGCAGCGCAUUGAAAAGGACGCGAGUGCGAGGCAGGCGCUGCGCGAACAUGCGGCUCUGCAGGAGGCGGGCGUUGAGGAUGAUGAUGUCGAGUUGCAGGACUUGAUUAUGCGCCGGGGACGGGGGAGCGUGGCUGCCGAGGAUGGGCGAGAAGACACGCGGUGA